AUGAACGUACUAGAAGGUCGUGGGAACGUUGGUACCCUGAUUGCACCGGAUGGAGUCGCACAUCCAAUGCCCGGCCGGCGACCUGGAGACAGUGCGAUGGGACAACAACCGAGCCAGCAUCCCUGUCGGAAAGCCCAGAAACGCAAGCCAGAUUGUCACCCAGGCCAAGAUUUUGAACCUGGUGCUUUGAAAAAAAGGAAGGUGUUAAAGUCGGUGGCAUGGCGGUUUCGGCUGCCGUCGUCGGUAGAGCUGGAGAAAGAUGAAGGGGUUGCUCCCACUUCUCCGCUCUUUAUUACUUCAGGCUUGGUGAAGGCGCGUCCAGUUAUCAAUGUGGUGCUGCCAUGCCCCCUGCUCUGA